CUACUUUCUUAAAUGGAGUUUUAUGCUUCUUUCCCGGAACGGUUUUGAUCCUCCACACCCUGCAGUUGUCAAGAUGAGAGAGUUUGUUGUUUUAAUUUUAUCUGUACUUCUGCACAAAUAAAGAGAGCCUUCAAGAGCUGACGUCUCAGGGACUAUCGGAAGAAAGCCAAGGGCUUGCUUUCUCUGCCAGAAUCAUUAUACAUUAUUAAACUGUAGAACACCCAUUUUGAGCAACAGUUUUAUGAGAAAAUAGCAGCAGCUAAACUCUAUCAAUCCUUAAAAUUGCUGUUUAUGAAGCAAAAAAGGUACCGGCUAUAUUUGAAUUUUGUAAUCACACAAGAUGAGGGUCUGUGAUACCCAUUAUUUGGGGUAUAAUGUGAUAGCCGUUAGAGUUGUUGAUUAGGUUUGAACCCAGGAUUUAGUGGCUAAAGAUUGCUGAUCCUGUCUGGAAUUCACACAACAAUCAAUAUGAAGACUGAAUAAUGCGAACCUUUAGAUCUCUCUUGGACUGUGAAGGUUUCUGUCUGUGAUUUUAAAACAAUGCCUUGGCAUGAGAACAGAACACCACUCUUAUACUUCCUUGGGCUAAAGAAUUUUCAGUAGCUGGUGCUUCUGGUCUGACUUCUCACUUUCAGCUUAAUGCCUCUAGAUUACAGCUCCUCCUCGCAAGUGAAGCAGGACGUGAUCAGCGGCAAGAUACGAGGCUACCAGGCUGUCCUGGUUUGUGAUGGUUUUCCUCUUCAGUUCAGCAAAGAGCAAAAGCAGGAGAGUGCAGAAGUAGCACUCGUGUUUCAAAGCAGGGAGGAACUCAAAAAAAACAAACCAAAGGACAAAGAUUGGCACACCUCUAAAGAAGAAGCCAAAAAAAAGAAAUCGAAGAUCAUAUUCUUCAUCUAUCCAGCGCUAUGUCUCGCCCUACACACAGAAGACCAGAAUACCGUAAAAUAAACAAAGAUCUUUUCGUCCUCACCUAUGGAGCUCUGGUUGCCCAACUGUGUAAGGAUUAUGAGAAAGAUGAAGAUGUGAAUAAAUAUUUAGAUAAGAUGGGAUAUGGCAUUGGAACACGGCUGGUGGAGGACUUUUUGGCUCGCUCUUGUGUAGGAAGAUGCCAUAGCUAUUCAGAAAUCACAGACAUAAUUGCCCAGGUUGCUUUCAAGAUGUACUUGGGAAUUACACCAAGUGUGACCUGUAACAAUUCAAGCAGAAACGAAUUUUCCCUGAUUCUAGACAAGAAUCCUCUGGUGGAGUUUGUGGAAGAGCUCCCCGCUGGACGGUCUUCUCUGUGCUACUGUAAUUUACUCUGUGGGAUUAUCAGAGGUGCCCUGGAAAUGGUUCAUUUGGCUGCUGAUGUUACAUUUUUGCAAGACAGACUAAAAGGCGACAGUGUGACAGAAAUAGGAAUAACAUUUCUGAAAAAGCCAGAGGAGAAAAAAUAUAGACGGAAAAAAUAGGAGAAAAAAAUAUAGAUGGUAAAAAUGAAGAAUAGCGUGCAAAAUGCCACAGGGUGGCUAGUUGAGCAGUUAAUGUUAGCUAAACAUAUACAGCCAUAGAAAUUUUGAAUUGCUUAAUAACAUGGGCUUUAAAAGGCUUAUAGAUCAGCCAGAAAUUUGAAAUGUAGAGCACUAGGAUUUAGAGCUGUCUUUUUUCUUUGCCUAUAAAUCACACAUUCGCAAUCUCAUGUCCACGAGAUUUCAUAUAUAAAUAACUCCCUGUAAGAUGGCAAACAUGAAAUCCACAUAUUACGUAGUCCAUGCAAAGAGAAUCUACUCAUUUCACUUAUUAUUGUAAGGAAAAAAAAAAGCAUACCACCUAUACAGUUGAUCUAUUUAUCCCUUCUCGUUGGAAGAAUGGAUGAAAUGAUACACUAUAGAAUUCCUACAUAGAAACAGUUUCUAGUACCAUAUAUUGCACUCUCUAUAGAAACAAUGCCAUUUGUAACACUUUUCCAUAUUCUUGAGAAACUAUGGAUGUGAUUUUUCUCAUAUAUUGGCUUGGCUUAUAGCUUCAGCCUCCUGAAGCUACUCUUGGCUUGUAAUUAACAAGACAAGCUAUUUAUUUGGAUGUUAAUUCUAAACAUUUAAAAAUAGCAUCUCAUUUUAAUUCAUUUAAUUUUUAGACAGCAGGUAUUAACCAAAUUCCUUCGUUUUCUCAUGAAAUGUUAGUGAUGAUCAGGCCAGGAGAUCUCUAAAAUGAGAGGUAAACCAUAUUCUUUGAGAAUACUUUCUUACCCCAAAGGUUAUUCAGUUACAAUUUUUGCUAUCAUUUUUAUCCCCUAAAAUCUUACAGGUAUGUUUUGUCUGUGACCAGAACAUAUUUACAAUUCAAAAUGUACUGGGUAAAAUAAACAGUACUCUUUACCAGACUUUGGCAUUCAAAGGCAGCCUUUACAGCAGUCCAGAGUCUGCUAGGCUCUGCAGUGGACUCAAAUUACAAGUAAAAGUAACAAUUAGUGUGGCACCAUCAGGUAAAACUGGUGUUAAGUGAUAUAUGCUAGUGAUAGACCACAACUAGGACUCAGGAGCCUGAAGCUACAGAGCCGGUUCCAUUUCUAGUGGCUUCAGCUGAUCCUGACUAGCUGCCGAUCCUGAGCAAGGCAUAUCAUCUCUUAUUCUCUCUCUCGCUCUGUAAAGUGAAACGAUUGGACACGAUGAAUAUCUAAAAUUAUAUCAGUGAAUUUAAAUGACAUCAAUAACCACUGAAAUUCCAUAUUUGGGGACUUUAGAAGACUAUGAAGAAAUUAUUUGUUCCCUACCUACCCAUCUAUCUCUUCAAAAGGACAUUGAGGUGGGUACUAAGGACCAAAUAGGGCCCCUGGAGCAGGUGCAGCAUCGGGGAAGAAACUUCAAGCCAGUUGCACAGAAGGCCAGGAGUCGAAUCUGGAAGAAGAAAAUGUCUGCUAUCAUAAGGGAUAUCGCAAUGCCAUGUACUUUAACUGAGGCCUCCAAGAAGAAUGUUUGCCUACAGUCCAUCCCAAAUCUUCUUUUCAGGAUGUUUCCAUCUUCUGCUCAGUUUCCUCUUUCUUCUUUAUAGUACACUCACCCCUCCAGGAGCCCAAGAUAUUCAUGUCUAAGGGCCUCUCUCUUAAAUCAGCCUCCCACUAGCCCUCUUGAAAAUGCUCCAUGCCCUGGAAUGUUCUCUACCUGUCUACACCUUCCUCUCUUUUCUCUCCCAACCCAGCCAUCAAAACUCACUUGGCCCAAUUUCUUCAUGACCUACCCCUUUGAAAGCAGCUUAAUCUGAUUCUCUCAGUGAUGCUGAGUGUUGGAACUGGUGCUGGUUUCAGGAUGAGAUUUGUUCUCCAUGUCUUUUUUUCCCUCACUCUGGAGAGGGAGGGCAGUCUGUCAGCAUUGAACUUAUGCUAUGAAAGGUGACCUGUAUAACCAAGAGAGUGGCUUGUUUGUAUUCAAUAGGCAUCCCAUCGUGAAGAAUGUGAGAAUCUGGAAAGUGCUGUCCAUUAAAAUUAUGAAAGCCACAUCUAUAAGUUUUCCAACAGCCAUAUUAAAGAGUAAAAAGAAACAGCUGACAUUAAUUUUAAUAGUAUAUUUCAUUUAGACUAAUUAUCCAAAUAUUAUUAUUUCAACAUUUAGUCAAUAAAUUAUU